AUUGCGAUAAAAUAUUGUACCGUCCAUCUUAUAAAUAGCCCACCCGCUGAUUAGUAUGGUUGUCUGCGACGACGACAGAGUUAGAUAGAGAUAGAGCAAGAUAACGCUCUACCCAAUUGAGCUAUUUUCGUUUACUGAAUUUUCUCUGCGAAUCUCCUGCUACACCAUCCCUUCCCAUCCCCAUCCCUCGCGGCUCAGUUGGCUUCAAUGGACGUAGACUUCUUUAAUUCCUCCCCUGAGGCCCAAAUGGAGUUCAUGGACAUGAUGGAGAAAGUGACUUCCCUCUGUGAUCAACCCAUACGCGACUUCCCUGAGCUCCCCGCAACUCCACUUCCCCACUCUCCCCCACCAGUUAAUCUAUGCGGUCCCCAAACUGCUCCUCCACCCUUCCGCUGUGGUGCUGCGCAGGAGCAGUUUGCGACCCAGCCCAUGUCGUCGGCGGCCGCGAUGCGGGAGAUGAUAUUCCGCAUCGCGGCGAUGCAGCCGAUCCACAUCGACCCGGAGUCGGUCAAGCCGCCGAAGCGGCGCAACGUGAGGAUAUCCAAGGACCCGCAGAGCGUGGCCGCGAGGCUGCGGAGGGAGAGGAUAAGCGAGCGGAUUCGGAUACUGCAGCGGCUCGUCCCCGGCGGCACCAAGAUGGACACCGCCUCGAUGCUCGACGAGGCGAUACACUACGUCAAGUUCUUGAAGACCCAGGUGCAGUCCAUGGAGCGGGCCGCGGCCGUGGCGGCGCAGAGCGGGGGGACCGCCCGGGCGUUGUCGGCGGCGGCAUCUUCGGCACCCGUCGCCUUCUCCGUCGACGGGAGUUGUUACCCUCAGUGGGUGUUGGACCAGGGAUUUGUUAGUACUAACCGUUCGUGCUGAGUUGAAUUAUGAAGCAUCUAGUAUAGUAGAAUUAAAAAGUUUGUACUUCGACGCGUUAAGAAGGGUUUUUGAACUGAUGAGUUCGUGUACUUCAUGUUGAUUAGUUGCUAUCAUGUGUAAAUUGAGCUU